UCCUGUUGUUGUUUUUAGAGUAGGGUAGAUAACAGCUGUUUGGGUCACUAGCUAUGUAUCACACGUUCAAAACAACACUACAAUCAGAGGAAGUUGUUGUGAUUUCAUUGCUGCAGUUAGCUAGUAGCACGGCCAGCUGUUUCUAACUAACUAACUAACUAACUACAGUGUGUUUUGAGUUUGACAAGGCAAGAUACUGUUUAUUAACUAACAAGAACUUGCAGAUGGGCCCAUUCAUCAACUACAGGUUGAUGAGAACAUCUGACACCUAGUCAGUCUUAAUUAGCCUACCAGAUAAUAUUAUUACAAUAAUCCCAAACAUAUUUUCAUGAUGAUAUUGAGUUUUUUUUUCCCCCUCAGAUCUAUUUACAUUUUUUGGGGACAUUUAUCAGACACACAUAUCCAGAGGGACUAAGUGCAUUCAUAUGUAGCUAGAGUGUUCCAAACAUCAGCUGACCCCACCCAAACCCUUACCACCGCAAAUACCAAGAUGGAGACAGUAGAGACUUUGUGUAUAGACCUUCAUAUGUCGUAAGGCUACAAGGCGAGAACAGAGGACGACCUGUGUUUGCUGUGAGUCGGUAAUGUUACUGAACAUGGAUGAUAAACGGUGAGUAGGACCUAACUAGAUUACAUUCAAUCCGACAUGGACAGGAAGCGCCCUAAACCGCUCAUCCUGAGGAGAGACACGGUAGAGGGUAGGAUGGUGGCACGACACAUUGCUCUGGAGGAGGACACACCCCUGAGCCACGCAGCCAAUCAGGCUCCAGACCUCGGAGAGGGAGCCAAUCAGGGAGACCAGGCCGUGGCUGAAGAAGAGGUGAGGAAGACCCGUGGCGAAGAGGCGCUGAUCCAGCUGGAGAGCGACAUGCUUCCUCUAGGAGCAGAGGUCCAGAUGCACACGGUCUCCAGUGACCGACUGGUUUUGGCCCAGGGGACAAGGGAGGGAGAGGGGUGUGUUGAUGGGCCGCCUGGAGCCUGGUCUGAGCCCCUGGGGGAGGACGACUUUGACAACGAGGAAGAGAUGGAGGGGCGUGACAAUGAACGGAGACCGGAUCCUAAGCGAAAGUGGAGGUGGAAGGUUCCGGUACAGGCUGACGACGACUGGGAAGAUUGCUCCGCUUUAGGACCGGGCUGGAAACGCAAAGUGGUGUUCCGGCGCUCAACCACCCUGCCCGCUAAGAGGAAGUGGGAUACGUACUACUGCAGUCCGUGUGGGGACCGCAUGAGAAGCAAGGUUGAACUGACCAAAUACCUCCGUGGUGGCGUGGACAUCUCUCGUUUUGACUUCCAGUCGGGACUCUUCUUGGAUGAGAAGAGCAGGUUGAAGCGUUUGAACCACUUGGAGGAAGUUCAUUCCUCUAGUACGAGCACCUCCAGGACAGGCACUCCAGACCUGGACCGGAACCACACCUCUGAUGGCCUCCCUGGAACUCCCCAGCGCACCCAACAGAGUCAGGCCAGUUUCCCGCACAUCACACAGUCCCCCACUGUUGUUAUCCACAACAGCCUCCCUGCCACCCCUAAGGCAUCCCUGGCUAGUGGCUCCCCUUCUCUCCGUCUGGAGCAGAUCUCCCCACAGAGACUCAGUUCUGUGGCCUCUUCAAGCCGAGACGUUGUAAUCGCUCAUCUGUCUCAGUCUCUCCUGCCUCUCAGCCCGACCAAAAACCAGCUCCUUCAGUCAGGACUACAACCGCCGAGCCCGACCAAGAACCAGCUCCUUCAGUCAGGACUACAACCGCCGAGCCCGACCAAGAACCAGCUCCUUCAGUCAGGACUACAACCGCCGAGCCCGACCAAGAACCAGCUCCUUCAGUCAGGACUACAACCGCCGAGCCCGACCAAGAACCAGCUCCUUCAGUCAGGACUACAACCGCCGAGCCCGACCAAGAACCAGCUCCUUCAGUCAGGACUACAACCGCCGAGCCCGACCAAGAACCAGCUCCUUCAGUCAGGACUACAACCGCCGAGCCCGACCAAGAACCAGCGCUCUCAAUUAGGACUACAAACCCCAGAGGGGCACAGGAAGGUAGUAGUGAUCCGUAGGCCGGAUGUGGAUCUGGACCCAAUCACCUCCCCUCCCCCUCAGCACCUUUCCCUGGUAACCCAGUGGACCCAACAGUGGAGUGGAUCAAAUAUUGUGCUGAAUGGACACAGAGAAAUGGACACAGAGAAACCAACUUGUACAGGUAGACAUGGACAGGUAGAGUCAGUGGAAGUAACUUCCCAUAGGCCAGGCUCCUACGGUGAGAGGAUUCAGCAGCUGAAAACAGCCAAUGACAAAGAUGCUGAGAAGAAACAGUCCCCAAGUAUUGUGUUCAGAAAGGUGGGAGGGGAUAAAUGGGUUCUAGGGGGGAAACAACUGGAGUUCAAAGAAGAGGAAUUCGGCAACGGCGGCAAGACUCCACUUUACGCUAAGAAGAAGCGUAAGCGGUUUGGACACAAAUCAACCAAGGUCACCAGGAGACCUAGUAUAUCGAGAAAAGUCAAGAUGAAAGAAUCUGUGAAGGAACUGGAAGAGGAGGAGGAGGAGGAAGAGGAGGAGGAGGGGGAAGAAGAGGAGGAAGAAGUAGAAGAAAAGCCACAGAAGAAGAUGAGGACUCCUCAACGGAAGGUAAAAGAGGAAGAAAAACAAGAGUUGAAACCACAGAGAAAAAAGGUACAGGUGAAAGAGAAGGAGGAGGAAGUAGAGUGGAAGCCAGAGAAAAUUGUGUAUAACCACAGCGAGGGGAGUGAGUCUGAAGAGACGCAUGAACAGACUAAUAUCUCACGUAUAACGGGUAAAUUGAAGAAGCGUACUCAGGGCUGUGGUCAGUGUGCUCCUUGUCAGCGUACAGAUUGUGGUAAAUGCGUCUACUGCCUGGAUAAGCCCAAGAACGGCGGGGCCAACAAAAAGAAACAGAAGUGCAAGUACCGUCGCUGUCUUAAUAUGCCCACCAAAAGGGACUUAAUGGGAAGCUUCUUUAAGAAUCACCUGACAGAAGACCCAGGUGGCCAGAGUGUUCCCAUUGGACUAGGAAGUGUACUUCCAGGAAGUGUUCCUAUUUCACCAGGAACUGUAGUAGGACAUGGAGCAGGAUAUGUACUAUUAGGAAGGACACUUUCAAAAUGGCAUAUGAUAAAACCAGGAAGCGGAUCAAAAGUUGGGACAGGGAGGGGACGCGGUCGGCCCCCUAAACACUUCACCAAACGGAGGAGACGAGUAUGGAGCCAGGUCCCCUCGAGUGAUACGACAGAGACUGACGAGACUGAGGAGGAAGAGGAACCGGUGUACACCGUUGCCUCCCAGUCGUUGGAGUACAGCCCUGGGGGAGAGGACGGAGAGAGAUGGGCGGAACUUCAGGAGUACGACGACGACGACGAUGUGCCUGAACAAAUACCUCAGAUGUCUCCAUCCUAUAUGCCUGUGAACCCCAGUAGUGGUGUGUCUGGGUCAGAUGAACCUUACCCCAGCAGCUGUGUCCAGCCCUACCCCCAGAGCUGUUACCAGAGCGACCAUGGCAACCUCCAGUUCAUCAGGAUGAACGGCAACCAAAUUACCAUCAUCCCUGGUCCCAGCCUCGCUUCUCAGGCCUCCGCAGUCCUGGAACCUGCAGUUGAACCCCCAUCACUUAACUACAUGACAUCUGAACCAUCAGCUGUGAAGCAACUACGUCCGCCUCUGCACCAACCCCUUACUGAGCCCUCCUCGCCGUACACUACGAGCAGGACAGAGCCAGACACACUAGACUACACUGAGGAGGAACAACUGGUAGAGCUCUACGCCGAGAUACCUCGAACCGUCAUUCAACUCGGAACACCAGACCUGCCAGAGGUCACGGGGUCGACGGUCAUGCCCAGGUUGACCACCGAGGUCAUCCGUGAUGUCACUCCUGAUGAUGUCACUCCAGAGAUCACAGAGACCUUCAGUCUGGCUGACGGCAGCGAGUCCUGUCGUGACGAUAGGGAAGCAGCUCUGUUUGGGUUCCUGAGGGCCCUGCGCCGCACGGUGCUACCAGCCCACUGGGUAGGGGUCAUGGCAAGGGGUCCUCUAUUACAACUCCUCCAGUGCUCUAAACUCUCCACCAUGGCUGACACAGUUCUCCAGAUCCUACCGGGCUUCUGCUUCCAGGUGACUGUACAGGGCCAGCCCUUGCUUCUGACCCACCCCCUGUACGAGGUCCACCCUCCACGCCUCGGAACCAUCACCCAGCUGGUCACUCUGCUGCUGGACCUGGAAACCCUGAUGGUCUGCCCUGGCUUCCCAGUCAGGCUGCCCGCCCUGGGGGACAGGGGCAUGGAGGUGAUGGAGCCUGUCCUCUGUGUGAGAGCGGCCAUCUGUGAACUGCUGGUCCCCCUGGAGGAAGAGAGGUGUGAGAGGUGUAGAGACAACAUCGUGGAGGAGGAAGUGGAACUUGUGGAAGAGGAGGAGGAGGAGGAAGAGGAGGAGGACCUGGAACUUGUGGAAGGGCGACUGGAAUUUGAGCUAGAGUUAGGGGAGGAUGGGUGGGUGUAACAAGGUUGGAGGGUUGUGACCUGGAGUGGGUUUGAACCCCCGGGACAAGACUGUGUUAGCCUGCUGAGCUAAAUCCUAAACGUGUGUUAGUCCACCAAGCCAAAACUCUAGGGCAGGUUUACUUGUUAUGCGAGUGUGGUUCACUGAAAACCCCAGGUCAGGUUGCUCAUCAGACCAGCAUGGUUCACCAGCACAGGACUUUGUUUUUGGGAGAACCAGGACGUGGAUGGGUGCACCACCAACCAACGCUAAAGUGCCUGCGUAUGGUUGACAUUCAAUUUGGUGCUUUUUGUUUUAGAAAUAGAAUGACUAGAAAAUCAUUCUAUUCAUUGUAUUUCUAUGACUAGAAUUUUGACUUUUAGUUAUGGACAUGACUGAAAAAUGUCUUCCAACACAUCACUGGUAGUUUACCAUUGGAUCAGGCAGACCAGUGUUGUUUUUUUACUUCUGUAUUUGACACUUAAUGUUGUUGGCAUUAAAACAAAUGAAAGUUCUCACCACGAGGCAACUGGGAUAUCAACAUGACUACUUGUCUUUCGGUUUCUGGACCAGCAAAUUUUAUUUUUUAUUUUUACUUUUAUUAACAUUGUUUUUUUUUGGUUUUUUUUGUUUUGUUCAUCAGUCAUCACUGUAUUUCAUAGACUACGUUACACACACACACACACAGAGUAGUAGCAUUGUAUGUAUGGAAGAUUACCUGCUUAACAUUCAUUUAACAUCUAGUAACGUUAUACAUACAGUACCAGUCAACCGUUUGGACUCAUUCCAGGCUUUUUCCUUUAUUUGUAAAAAAUGUUCUACAUUGUGCCAAGAUUGUGCAAAGCUGUGAUCAAGGCCAAUGGUGGCUACUUUGAACAAUCUCAAAUAUAUAAAAUGUAUUUUAAUUAGUUUAACACUUUCUUGGUUAAUACAUGAUUCAAUAUGUAUUAUUUCAUAGAUUUGAUGUCUUCACUAUUAUUCUACAAUGUAGGAAAAAUAUACAAAUAAAGAAAACCCUUUUUGAAGGAGUAAUUGUGUCCAAACUUUUGACUGGUACCAUAUCAGUGUGUGUAUGGAGGAAUGGCUGCUUAACGUUAGGACGUUCUCUGUUCAUUUAAAAAAAAAAAUUAAAAAAGAGUUCAUCAGCUAUAAUGGAACUUCUUAGAUAUCUUCCUGUUGCAGGAAUAUUAUUUUUUUUGCACAUUUUUUAAGAAUGGAGCUAGCUAGCUAGCUAGCUAGUUCGUCUUUCAAGAACUGUGAACGGCCACAAGUGAUGUUUCAAAGUAGAGAAUACUGCUGCUUUUAUUAUCUCCUUUUUCAGAUGAACUUUCACACUAACAACGACGUUAUACUUGCUUUUUUCUGCUUCGAAGUUCAGUUAUUUUAAUAUUUCUGUUGUAUAAUUUUUUCAGAGUUAUAUUUUUGUUUUCUGGUUUUAUGUGAAUUCAAAUGCACAUUUAAAAUUUUUUUUAUAUAUAUUUUUUUAAACCCAUUUUACAGAACUAGCCCACUGCUAUCUACUCUCCCCAUCUGACUGAACAAAGUGCUCACAGGCUGGCAUACCAUCCCAAUAUUUCCCUAGACAGUUGUAGUGUUGGAAUGAAGCUCUGUGUAGGUAAGAACCAUUUGUAUUACAUCAAUACACUGGACUGGAUAGUCAGUGAGGAAUGAGGACAUUGAACACAAUCAGAAUCUGUUUUCAAAUGUAACGUGGACCCAAUCACCUUUUUUAUGUUCAUGUGUAUUGUUCUCUUGACUUUAAAAAAAAAAUAAAAAUUAAAUGAUUUUAUAUGUUCUUCACAGGAACAACAUGGUCCAUACAAGGACCACUCUGUCUGAAUAGAAGACACAUUUUUUUUGCUCCAGAAACCUACUGUGUUCGACUGGGAAUGUCGGUUUGUUAUGGUAAAGAACUACUGGUUUACUUUUUAUGGUGUGAAUAUUUGUAUCAAAACUUGUAAAGGUAUUAAACUUAAGUUUUAUGGUU